AUGGCCGCGCCCGUGCCAGCGCCUAGAACGCGUUUGGCGUUUCAUCCUAACAAUAUACAUACCACAAUCAAAGUCUACGCGCGUUGUCUUCGCCCCGACAUCGAAUACAAAACCCUCUCCGUCACCUGGGGUACCACAGCCAAGGAAGUGGUCUCCACGCUGCUGGGGAAGUUCCGCAUGAGGCACAGAGACCCUCGGCUGUUUUAUCUCAGCAUGGAAGUCAGGGUACGAGCUGCUGGUCUUCGAACCACCCUGGUGCUGGAUGAUGAUGCAAGACCGGCAGCACUACAGGCCUGUCAUCCUAAAGGAUACUCCAAAUUUUCUCUUCAAAUGCGCCCUGGUGGCUUGGUGAAGAUCUACGACUCCGCUCUCAUGUCCUCAUCACAGUAUAAGUGCCUGCUUACAAGUGAGAGGACCACUGCUGACGAGCUCCUGGCUAUCCUCUUACAUUGCUAUGACUCAACGGAAGGCGUUGAGAGGUUCUCGUUGUAUGAGGUUUGCCCAGCACAAGAAUACGAAAGGAAACUUCACCCAGACGACCUUCCACUUCUGGUCCAACGCGCGUGGCCCUCAGACAGUGACUGCCACUUCAGGGUUCGAAGGAAUCCUCGAGCGCCCCCAUUGCCCCCACGGACUAUCCCCCUCCCAGAAGCAGAAGAAGAACCUUCUAGGGCAUUAUCGGCUCUAUCCCUUGAGUCUGACAGCGAUAACCGAAGGUACAGCCCAGUAUACAAGUUUCCAAGUAUAAGUUAUUGCAGGGAAACAAAAAAUGAUUAUUUGUAUAUAUGA